AUUGUACUGAGCAUUCCUUUCCACCAAUGAUACUUUAAUUUAUGUAUAAGUGAACAUUUUGUUUGCUGUGAGAGGUUUACACAAUUAAGAGAAUUCUUACUGUAUUUAAAAUCGAUUAGGUGAGGUGUGCAGAUGACAGUAAUAUUCAGCCGUGGGAUGGAGACAAACGUGACAUCGCAACAGUGUGAUUUGAUGGAAACAUACGGAUAAACACAGGCCACAGACAUGGAAGAUGAGACAGAUGUGGAUACGCUCGGGGAACAGCUGUAUGAGCUAAUACUCCCCAAACAUCCAGACAUAGCAGGAAAACUCACAGGCAUGCUACUGGAGCUACCAGGGCCUGUGUUGGUUCAGAUGUUGAAGAAUGAAGCUCUGCUGAAUGAAGCGCUGGAGAGAGCCCUGACUGCACUGCAACGCAGUACUGGGAAUGGCAACUUUACAUCUCCUGACAACGAUGUUGCAUCAGCAUCGUCUGACUCUAUAGGAGAACGGCUGUAUGACCUUAUUGACCUCUACGACACUGGACAUACUCAGAAAAUAACAGGCAUGCUUCUGGAGCAGAAGAAGGAGGCAGUGCUGCAGCUCCUCUCAGACCCCGCCCUCUUAGAGAAGAAAGUGAAGCUUGCCAUGGAAACCUUAAAACAGCAGGGUGAGGAGGAGACAGAUGUGAGUGAGAACUCUGACAAAGAUGAAGCAGAGGUGAUUGGAGAGACCCUGUUUGCUCGUGUGCAGCAAAUAGACUCUGCGCAUUGUUCAGAUAUCACAGGGAUGCUGUUGGAGAUGGACUCUGACACUCUGAGACAGCUCUUGGAUGAUCGUGCCAUGUUGGAAGUUGCAGUGCAAAGGGCAAAGAGUGCACUGGAGGAUCUAUCAAACCAAACAUGUUCAGAGACAUCACACUAAAGAUCUUCAUGACAGCAGACAGGAGCACAAACAACACGCAGGAAUAACGGGUACUCUUCAGAAUGUGCUGUCAGUCCUCCUCAGUGGACGUGACACUUCCGCCACAACAACGGUACUGUGCUGUUGCCAUGGAGGUGUGUGAAUGGGAGGAGCCAAGGCUCUAAUAAAUCAUUGGCUGUGCCAUUCUUUUUAAGAACUCCAUCCUGUUUUGAAGGAGCAUGAUUUUGUAUUGUUAAU